AUGCUUUUGAAUAUCGCGUUACUGCUUAAUGCCGCGGGCGCCAUCGCAGCAGCGAAUCGACCGCAGCCGUUCUCACUCCCUUCGAGCGACUCCCCCAGUCGAGCUGCCGCAAUUGACAAGACGCGUCAAGGUUUUCAAUAUGGAAAAGACGAUACACUCAUUGGUGUUAACCCAUGGCCUGCGGGGCCACUGGGGAAAAAGGCCGUCAAGGAGCAGUUCAAUGCGUUUAUAGCAACCGAGGAACCUUACUUGAAGAGCGUGGACCAGGAUACUGCCCACGCGCAGAAGUCCCUAAACGGGACCCUCCAUUUAAACUCGUUCGAAGACUAUCUGAAGCUAUACGAUGGCCAGUGGCAGAAGAGCGUUCCCCGCGGUCUCGCCGAUGGCGUCCUUCGCAAUGCCAAGUCCGAUCUGUAUUUUUCAAUGGAGCGCCUCUCCGUACACCCCGAAAGCCUACGACGAGUCAAGCCGGACGAGCGUGUAGCGCUGCGCGUACAAGACAGUAUUGCCCGAAAGAUCACAACCAAGACACAGCGAUCUCUCCAGAAAGAAGGGCGAUUAUUCAUCGUCGAUCACAGCAGUCUGGCGAACCUGACUUUGACAAAGGGUCGUUAUGCCGGUGCUUGUGAGGCGCUGUUCUUUAUUCACCCUUCUUCAGGGGAUUUCUUGCCAUUGGCUAUUCGUCCCAACAACGGCUCGCCUUUGGUGUACACUCCUCUCGAUGAGGAGAAUGACUGGACUUUGGCCAAGAUCAUGCUUAACGCCAAUGAUGUCUGGCACAACCAGUGGUAUCACCUCGCGGCAGCUCACAUCUCUUCUGAUCUCAUCUACAUGUCAGCUACCCGAUCAUUCAGCGACAUGCACCCAGUCUGGGGCCUGAUCCGUCGCGUUGCUGUUAACUCCUUUGCAUAUCGCCCGGGAGCUAGUGCAACGCUCGUUAACCCCGGCGGCGACAUCGAGAAGAAUUUCGCUUGGAACGGUGGCCAGGCAAUCAAGUACAGCAAACAAGAGUGGAAGACGGAGUGCGCCCCUUGGCAGGCCAACUAUCUCGAAGCGAAGCUCAAGCGACGUGGUUUGAUCGAGUGCAACUACGGUCCCGAGUUGAAGUCCUUCCCAUACUAUGAGGAUGCUUCAGUCAUACUCGGUGCUCUACGAACCUUUAUUAACGCGUACGUUCACGCAUAUUACCCUUCGGACGCCGCCAUCACCGCGGAUAAAGAGCUCGUCGCAUGGUUCCACGAGGCAGCCCAUGCAGCCUCUAUAGUCGACUUCCCCUCCUCCAUCUCCACCAGAUCAGAACUGGUCGCCGUGCUCUCGCAUCAUGCCUAUAUCAUCACAAUCAUGCACGGUUCGCUGAACACCAACAGUCUCGUGCAUUACAGCGCCGUUUUGCCAAUGCACCCGUUGUCGCUUUACAAACCGUUACCGAAGCAAAAGGGCAUCUCCAGCAUCGUGCCAUUUCUUCCAGACCUAGAAGCCUCGAUUCAGCACAUCGCGCUCGUCGCCUCAUUCAAUAGAGGACAGAUUGGCAAUACUACUGAUUCGUUGCAUUUACUUUUCGAAGAACCCCAGUUCCAUUCCCGCAUCAACAAGAAGGCGCGCGCCGCUGUGGAAGUGUAUUCGGCUACUUUGUCUAGGUUCAGUAAAGAUGUCAAAGGGAGAACGCUUGAUGGCGAUGGGUACAGUCAAGGAAUGCCGUUUGUGUGGAAUCUCUACGAUCCAAGCACGGCACCUGGCAUCCUUGCCGCUUAG